UUUCUAUUUAAUUCAGGAAAUCACCAUCGCAUCAAGUCCGGUUGGCAGCAGCGAUCUCAGGGAGCAAUCCAAACUUUUCCGCAAAAUCCACAACCGAUUAAGCCCACUUUGUUUCUUCGAUCAAAAGAAUGACUGGCUUCCGCUUGCACUUGAUGCAUCUGGUUGAGAGUGAGUACCCUCCCGUGUCAGCGGUUGGAGGGCGCAUGAGCAGUGAGCGGAUCAUACUCGACUUGAUUCGCACAGCUGAUCGGAAGUUACCACAGUCGCUAAUAAUGUUUUGUUUUCGUUCCGUCGAGUCUGAUCCGAUCCGGUGUGAUUGUGGAACUCAGACCGUUUCAUGUGGGGUUCUUCCAAUGAGCAACCAUCGUCGCCGUCGUCAGUUCGCAUGCAACCGUCGUCCGAAGCGGAAGGUUUUCGGAACUACCGGAACUCGCGCGUCUUUGUAUGUGCUAUUUGAAUUAAAAAAAAAAAGUUUAAAGAGAGCAUUUUUGAAAAAUUGCUAAUUCGCGGUCGAAUUACACAAAGUAAUUUUUUGGUUUUCGGAGAAAAAGUGUGUAGAGACAUUCCCAAGUGUGUCGCAGCCGCAAGGCUCUCUACAGAGGGACGACGACGAACGAUGAUGGAACAACAAUGAUGAAGAAGUUCAACCCAACAGUGAGGAAGUGUAUUUUUGUGUUGUUUUUCUGGCCAUCAUCGUUGGAAGAGGGUAGAAAGUGAAGAAAGGAUCAUUUACAUAGGCCCCGGUGAGCGAGUGUGGGUGGGUGUGUAUGCGAGCGGCCUCCCAUUGCUCCCCCCUCCGAAAGGGUGGUGACAAGGAGGACGAUGAAGGAUGAGAAGGGGAAACGUGUACAUGGGCAAUUUUUCGAUACCUCUCAGCAUGGUUCGGGAAGUGUAGUAUUAUAGUAGAUGAUCGAUAGAAGUUAGGAAGUACUGCUGGGAGCUGUGCAGGGUGUUAGAUGCAGAACUUUGAGGCGGAACUGGUCGCCGUUAGUUGUUGUGUUGCUAAGGGGACGUACGAAUAUUGAAAUCCCUUCAAUCUUAAUAAUUCAAUUGGACAGCAGCGAGUCAAGGAUCUGGUGGUUUAUUAUUUAUUCGGGAACAACGUGGUGCGAGAGCUGUGUGGCGAUUUGCCAAUCGCAUAAUGAGUCCGUUUCUGGGCACCGUCAUCGGUGCGGGGCAUUGUCCGCAGGAGUUGGUCAAGAAGAUGAGGAGGACCCCCCAUUAAUACCAUCAUCAUCAUCAUCAUUGACGCGCGCUUGUUGUUCGGAGCAAUAAUGGACGAUAGUAGCGCCGGGGACGUGGCAGUAGUGGCGCUCGUCGGUUUGUGCAGAAAUUGACCACAACAACUUCGAAAGACAGAGAGAGAGAGCGCGCGCGGUACGGAACGGGGUUUUUCGAUGUGAGUGCUAAAAAUAGAACAACGAGAAAAGCGGCGUUUUGGCUGACAAUAAGAGCCGAGCGAACCGAGUGGAUUUUCGUUAUGACGUAUGUACACAACAUAUGAUUGCAAUCAGAUAUAUAGGACGAUCUAGGGAUGUGACUGGAACCUGUCCGCCAACAGGGAAGAAGUGCGAGUGAGUGGAACCACUUGUUGUUGUGUUUGAUUAUGACGAUGAUGGUUGUGGCACUGGUAGUGGUGGUGGUGGGUUAGGAUUGCUCCCUGAGUCUUUUGUCGACCCGGACUGGUGCUUGUGGGGGAGAACUCGAGGUGAAUACCAGCAGCCAGCGUCAGGAUCUUCAAUGCACCUUUAAUGCGUAUCGACGACAACGGCAGUAACUGCAUCCGCCGCCCUAUGGAUGGGUUGGAAAUGAUGACAAACAACGACAUAGAAACUGAAAACAGGACAACCUUUCCCGAAAGACAUAAUUUGGUGUGGGACUUUCUGAGCAGGAUCCUGCCCAUAAACAAUGGACGAAGGCAUAUGUGUCGGGUUUAGUGCAUAAUUACAUCACGCCGACAACGACGGAUGAACGCGGGUGAAGAAAUUCCAAGUCGGUGGUGAAAUUUUCCGGGAAAUUGUGUGUAGUGCGAUGAUGACCUUGGUCAUCGGUUUUUGGUAGCAGCAGCCAAGCAGUCAAGCAGUGGUGGAAAGUGGUUGCGUGUAUUUUUUGAAGAAAAUGGGUAACAUGGUGAAGAACGGCAAAAUCGUUCGAUGAGUACGGAAAGGGUUGCCGUGUUAAUGAAUUGGGUGAAAAUUGAUUAAUCUGACCGACCAGUGAACCGACGAACCGACCGACCGAUCUAGAUCGGGUUCGGGUGUUGUGUUUACGUUUUUUUUCGGUUUUGUUGUCCGUUCGUUUUUUCGAAUUUGGGUCGCGCAGGUGUUGAUGUUAUUAAAUACCAACAGAUUACAUAAUCUUGUGGUGAUGUGAAGGAAAAAUUGCGCUGAAAACAGUCGAAUGAACUGCGUGGGUGAUGGAGAUUUCCGGUGUUAGUGCGUAUACUUGGUAGAAGAAGGAAGUCAAAUUGCUCAAUCUCUCAAGUGUGUAGUGUUAUUUGGUGUAUCAUCACAUCGAAGAAAAUCGUCAACCGGGAAGAAGCGGAACAGAAGAAGUACGGCUGCAGCAGUCUUGGGCGAUGAGGGUCCGGUGGAAGGCCUUCUGAAGAAAAUGUGCUUGGAUCACUUGCUACAGUUAUGGUGAUGCAGACGACAAAUAUUUUGCAGCAAGGCCAACCUCCACCAGCAUUGCGAAGAACUAGUCAGCAAAUCGUAGCCAGACGAGCUAGCAAUCGACGUAGAAUCAAACUCAGUAGAACCGCCGGCCGGAGUUGCCGAACCGAAGUCGUCUCAACGGGACGAGUCGGUGGCCGCGACCACCAAUGGAACGGCCAUUACGACGGCCAGCACCGGUGUAGCCUCAUCGUCGAGGGAGGAGCAUUGCCGUCGUCAUCGUUGUCGUCGUCGUCGUCGUCGUCGUCCCAACCGUUGUUUCGGUCCGGGAGCCGACUUAGGGGGAAUAGCGAUCCGCACUGUUUCCUCUCGGCACUAUGCACCGCCUGCGCAACACCUUCACUAGGUCACGGACCCCCACUGGUGCGGAGAUGAAAACACAGAGCAGUCUAGAAGUUCCCAAACAGGUUCGCUCAGCAUCGUUUGACGAAAUCCAGCUCGAAGCCCAGCGUGCCAAUCAGUUCCUUAAGGUACAGCAAACAUCAUCGACUGACGACCCGGCGUCGGGUGGUUCCCUGCUGCAGGUCCCGCAAGUAACAGGACGUUCCCGUAGUUUUGACCUUGCUGGCGGUAGCGAAGAAUCCCAAGCGGCCGUCGCAGCCGCCUUCUUAGACGUGCCAAAGCGCUUCCAACGGCGCAAGUCCAGCUCUAAAACCCCUCCGCCUUGUAUCCACUGCCUGUACCUGGAAGAAUACCGGAAGCUAACCGGGGUCGAUCAACGCCAGUACUACGACAAUACCGAAUAUCAAACGCUCAGUUACAGUUCGUCCUCUUCCAGUAGUGAAGAAGAGGAAACAGACGACGAGGAGGAGGAGGACGAAAACGACGACGAAGACGAAGACGAUCGUGACUACGGGUUCCAAUACGACGUAAAAUGCAUUACCCUGCUGCCACCACCCAUCGCGUCCCCUUGUGGGAUCAUUUUCACCCUAUCACCCACCAACGGAGAUGACCCCGACGGCUUCAAAGGCGUGUUGGCACCGGACGGUCCCGUCCUGCCGCCGCCUCCGAUGUUUGGAAACGACUACCCGCUUCUUCCACUUCUUCCGAUCGGUUCGCCGCCGAUCACUCCACUUGGACCCAUAUUCCCUCCGUCCCCGACGAUCGAAGUGCCUCCUUGUUACCCUGCCGUGGACGAACCCAGUGGCAGUGGCCCCACGCGUACCCGGCGACGCUCCAUCUCGCGCCAGGAAGCGAUCUUUGUCGAACCUACCGGUAACUCGCUGGAGAACGUCUCCUGCACCGAACAUCAACAACAACAACACCAAGAUAUUGUGAACAUCAUCGUCCCCAGCGGGGACGAUGGCUACAGCAACGACUCCUCCGGUGGCCGCAUCGAUGAUCACAACGAACAACCACCGGACUACAACAACGACAAUCAACUGCAACAAUCGGUAGUGGUGGCGCUGGCGCCUCCACCACCUCCAACUAGUACUGCGGCAGCCGACUUCGUGCGAGACAUCUACCUACAGGUACCGGACCUGAAGCGAGAUCGUGCGGCGUCGGUGGAUUCCUGCUUCACCAAGGUGACCGGGGCCAAGACCGAAGAGCUGAAGCCCCCGGAAGGGGAGCUGACGCUGCUAGCGGUGCCUGGCAGCGGAGCAAUUCGGUCUCGCUCGGUGGACAUUGUGCUGCCGACCGAAGAGCAGGCACGCUACAAGGCACUGGCCCUAGCAGGUUCGGCGGCCACCGUGCCCAUGGGCCUUAGUUCGAAAGGAAAACCCAGCGCCGAUACUCACGGGAGACAGAUUCGCUGUACGCCCGACUGGAGUGAGAAUGCCGUCUCCGGAGACCAUCUGUGGGUGCCGACGUCGGUGUCCGGUGACUGUUGCUACGUGGGUGACAGCGAUUGCUCGAAACACGGUCCCCGGAUGAAGUGCUCGGCUUGCAAGAUCAUCGCCCACGCCAGCUGCAUCUCGGUGCUGAUGGAGCGGACUCAGCUGCAGUGUAAGCCCACCUUCCGGGAUGUCGGCGUGCGGCAGUACCGAGAGCAGACCAAGACGACCCACCACUGGAUCCACCGGCGGACCGAGAAGGGCAAGUGCAAACAGUGCGGGAAGUCACUCCAAGCGAAGCUCUCGUUUAGUUCUAAGGAAAUUGUUGCUUUAUCAUGUGCCUGGUGUAAAUCAUCAUAUCAUAACAAGGAAGCGUGCUUCAACCCGGAACGGAUCGGCGAAGAGUGCACGCUAGGAACCCAUCGUAGCAUCGUGGUGCCACCGUCUUGGAUCGUGAAGCUCCCGCGGAAGGGCAGCUUCAAAUCGUCGCUGAGGAAAACGUCCCAGAAGAAAAAGAAGGCCGGCAAGAAAAGCUCGGUCCCGAAGGAACCGCGCACGUUCGUGGUCAAACCCAUCCCGACCGCCAACAUCACCCCGGUGCUGGUGUUUAUCAAUCCGAAAUCCGGUGGCAAUCAGGGUGCCAAACUGUUGCAAAAGUUCCAAUGGUUGCUCAAUCCCCGACAGGUGUUCGAUCUGACGCAAGGUGGACCGAAAAUGGGAUUGGAGAUGUUUCGCAAAGUGCCCCAGCUGCGAGUGCUGGCCUGCGGCGGUGACGGAACAGUCGGAUGGGUCCUCUCGGUACUGGACCAGAUCAACUUUGUGCCUGCGCCGGCCGUCGGCGUGCUGCCGCUCGGUACGGGAAAUGAUCUGGCGCGGGCCCUCGGAUGGGGCGGUGGCUAUACGGACGAGCCGAUUGGGAAGAUUCUGGGCAACAUCGGUAACUCGGACACGGUCCUGCUGGACCGGUGGAACUUGAAGGUGGAACCGAACACUGCCGUGACGAACGCCGAAGAUGGCAAGGACAAUCUCCCGCUGAAUGUGGUCAACAACUACUUUUCACUGGGAGUUGAUGCCCACAUUGCGCUGGAGUUCCACGAGGCGAGAGAGGCCCAUCCGGAGAAGUUCAACUCCCGGUUGCGGAACAAGAUGUUCUACGGGCAGGCGGGCGGAAAGGAUCUGCUGAAGCGAAAGUGGAAGGGUUUGGCCGAGUUUGUCACGCUGGAGUGCGACGGCAAGGAUCUGACCUCGAAGCUGAAGGAGCACAAGGUGCAUGCGAUAGUAUUUCUGAACAUUCCAAGCUACGGAGGUGGAACCCAUCCGUGGAACAAGUCCGGUGGUCAGUUCGAACCGGCAACCGACGACGGUAUGAUCGAGGUGGUUGGACUGACGACAUAUCAGCUCCCGCUGCUGCAGGCCGGUGGCCACGGGACCUGUAUAGCGCAGUGCAAGUCUGCCAAGAUUGUCACCUCCAAAACCAUCCCGAUGCAGGUGGACGGCGAGGCGUGCAAGCUCAAGCCGUCCACCAUUGAAAUGACCCUGCUGAACAAGGCUGUGAUGCUGGCGAAACGGAAGCCCGGAAGGGCCAAUGUGCUGCAAGAAAAAUGCGAAUCUCUCAACCUAGGUCUGAUGAAGAUCAUGAUGUCCGAUUACGAGCAGAAUCACUACGACAAGGACCUGCUGAAGAACUCGGCAGUCAACCUGGGCACGCUGGAAGUGCCCGUCACCGAUCUCGAGCAGGUCCGAGUCCUCAUCAACAAGUACUGCGAAGAACAACCGGAUAGUCCGAAGUUGUCGCCGGAGUGGUGCUUUAUCGAUUCUUGCACAGCGGAGCGGUUCUUCCGGGUGGACCGAGCGCAGGAAAAUCUCCACUUUAUUACCGACAUUGCCACCGAUUGCAUCUUCUUGUUGGAUCAGGAGUGUCCCACGCUACCGCAGACACCGGAAGACGAAAGUGGCGGCCACCUGCCGAAGGAAGGAUCUUCUAUCGCGGGGCACCUGAGUAGUGUGGAAUCCAGCGACCGAGAAUCACGCGAUGGAACACCCCAAUCGCCAGGGUUGAAGUUCUUCCACCGAUCCUUGUCGGGCCCCGGCUCGGGCAGUACAUCAGAUACGCUGUCUCCCGCCCUUGACAUUCCAUCGAGAAAGAGUUCUCAAGGUUCCCAGGGUUCGCAUGGAUCGCAGGACAGUCCUCGGAACAAUCUCGGCGUUUCGGAUAGCCACAGUGCAGGAACCCUCGGCAAUGGUCAAAGUCUGGAUCAGUUGGUCAACUUUAGGAGCUUCCACGAGCGAUUGUUCGGGUUGAACGAAGAUGCCUUCGGAUUCAGCAAUCUACUGGAGAAGACAACGGAUGCGGUGAUUAAGGCUGCCAAAACGGGUGAUUUGGUGAUGCUGAAGGACCUGCACCUGCAAGGAUAUUCGCUGCUGUCGAUCGAUUCCAGCGGCCAGACGGCACUGCACUACGCUGCCCGGUAUGGACACAAGGACAUUGUGCGGUAUCUGAUUUCCUAUGCACCGAACAGCAUCGUCAACAUGAUCGACAACGAAACCGGCCAGACGGCCCUUCACAAGGCGGCCAGCAGUAAGCGGCGCAGCAUAUGCUACAUGCUCGUGGCGGCUGGCGCCAGCUUGAUCAUCCAGGACAACAACGGGCGAACGGCUCGCCUAUUGGCCCUGGAAGCCGAAGACCGGGAGCUGGCGGCCUACCUAGAAAGUGAGUACCUUCAUCAAGAACAGUUUCAGCUCGCCGAUUACCAGGCGAGUGCGUGAGACACCACCCAUCGUCGUCCGUCACCGUCAUCAUCGUCGUCAGCUGCCAGUUGCCGUCAGUGUUCCUUUUCCUAGGCGCUGGGUACAAACACGACACACCAACAGCUAUCACUGUUCCUUAAAGAAAUCAAACAAUCAAAAGAGAAAUGCAAAAAAGAAAAGACAAACUCCAAUCAAGCACUGACUGAGACAUCGAUCGACGCCUGUGAAUAUAUAUACUACAAACUGUGUACCCCCCUCUCAUCCCCUAUAAUAAUGGGAAAUUUGGUAAAUCGUUGCGAGAGGACGGUUCUGCAAGACACCGAUCUAGAUAGAGGAUAAAGCGAGUUUCCAAUCCCUGGCAGGCAAAGUGCGGGGAAUAAAACUCGCAAGUGAUUGUUCAUUGUUAUUUAUUAUUAGCAUCAUUAUACUCUUAGUCGGCACCCUAUUUAGCGUUUAAAGAAGAGCCGGUCUUCGUCUAUUUAUGGGUCUUAGUUUUCACCUUUUCUGGCGGGUUUUAGUUUUGCACUCGCGGCGCCUAAAUCGACACUACACACUGUUAUACACUUACUCUAGACUACACUAAGAAAAAAAAGGAAAUACUAGAAAGCUGUGAGGGAACUUUCCUUCUUGUUAAAAUUUUAUAAAAGAGAUGAAUGGAAAACGGAACACACUCUAGGAAGUAUAUGUAGUUCUAAUUUAUUACGUAAUUUAUGCCUCGAACAGGAGGUUAAACGGUUAAGGCAAUCUCUCUAGUCAGAAGAAGUAUUUCGUUUUCUGUUUUGCGAGAAUAAUUGAUGAGUUACGAUUAAUCACUGCUACUAUACAAUUGUGGCCCUAGUAAGGGGGAGGGAAGAGGUAAUCUAGGAAUGGAUUUCGGAUGAGGAAAGCCGCAGCUGCUGAGAUAUUUGAAAUUAUUCGGAAUUUCGAGACGUAGUAGAGUGGAAUCUCAAACUGUAAGUAUACCAGGCUCAGUCAGACAGACAAACAAAUCGAUGAUUGAUGAGGAGGAAAAAAUGGUUACUAAUUAAUCAGAGUGCACAGAGAAGAACGGACUGACGAACGAACGGAUGCCGAUGGGACACGCCAAAAUUGAAAAUUAAAAACACACCGUACCGGAAUGUGAUUAGCUUGCGAGGAAGCGCGUGGCAUUUGUCAGCGGUUUGGCUCUACUUACUGGGUUGCAGUUUAUUUAAAUUUCGUUUCCUUUUGCGACAGCAAUUGAAUGUUGAUUUUCUUUUAGGUGUACAUCCAACCGUAACUGCGGGUUCAUCAUCAUAAGCAUUAUGGGAAAAAAAACAAUGUUUGCACAGUGGAAUGGGGGGACGGUUUUUUGGCUGAAAUUGAUCCAUCCGAAUGAUAGGCACUUCUGACAUAGGUUAUCAUCCAUAUUCUUCUCGCGAGCCGUCCAGUGCGAGCCGUAUUUUCAAAAAAAAGGUGUGUAUUUUGACUGCUACCACUGCCAAACCCAUUUAUGAUCUGGGUCUUUCAAAUGCCCUUUAUUUAAUUGACCUGUGAGAUUGUCUAACUAAGUCCUGUUGACUCCACCGCAGGUUUUCGCUCGGGUCACCAGUGUUAAGUCACAUUCGCAUCGGUGCCUGUAAACAGAAUAAAACCAGCAGCACAAUCAAAACACGUCAGUUUUCCAGCGUGGCCUACUUUAAUCUCAGGUUUGAUGUUGUGAUUGUGCGGACAAGUGACUUUUUUCCGGCACUCGCAAAACACUCGAUUACUCAAUGGUGGUUAGACUGGCAGGCAAUGAAUUCAGGCGGCCAAUUUUCACUCUUACUGACCGAGACUGAAGCGAUGGUGCCCUGCCCUUGUGAGUGUGUUCACUGCGUCAACACUGGUGGCAAAUGUAUGACAGAAACCCUACAUCCGGUAACAUCAAUUGGCAACAGUAGAAGCAUUGAAAGCGUGGAUACCUGAUGGCUACCAUUGUUUGCUUUGCAGCCACCUCGGUGUAUUCCAACCAAAUUUCCAGUGCUGCCAACCCUGUUCCACUGUGCAAACAUUGCUUGUCAUUAAACACUCUGUCGCUUGUUUGGCUAUUCUUCCUUUAGGAAGAGAUCUACUCUUCGCAAAUAAAAAAAAACAUAUCACAACCCUAGAGAAAAUCGAAUUGCUUCACCAAAUACGCAAAAUGCUCCAAGCGAUAGCGUUCCUUGUUCUUCUCCUUCUUGUUAAAGAACACAGUUUCCUUCCAAAGUUGAAACUUAAAACAAAAUAAUUAGAUAGUAUUUUGGAGAAAAAAAAGAGUUACUUUCCGUCACGAUGUGAUUCACGUGUUGUAAGAUUCCAGUCAAACAGUGUAUGUAUGUGUGUUUGAGUAUAGUAGUUAGUAUCUUUUUUCGAAUCACUCAGCAAAAAAAAAAUAUCGAAUCUUGCCCAUUUUUUCUUCAGAUUCUUCCAAAUUUAUCUAAAAGCAUCAAGCAUUAAGAAAGCUCACGGUAGGACGCGUAGGAGCAAACCAAAUAAUAACAUCAAAAACAACAGUUUAGAUAUUAGUGAUAGACGACAACAACAACACGUUAUAAGACUUUUGAGCUUGAAAAAGUUGAAAGUUAAAAAUUUGUAGAUCUAAAAACAGCGAGAUUUGUAUGAAAGCGUGGUUGAUUUUAUUUUGGUUUGUUUUGUUCAAAACCAAAACGACCUAAAGCUACGUAUAUUGGAGGCUCAUCUCAUCAAAUUGAAAUGGAAAAACCCCGUGGUCGACACACCGUGUGUCGCGUUGGAGUACGAGAGACCUGUCAAAUUUUGACAGCUGCGUGUCUGUGUGCAAGCGAGAAUGCAGUUGAAUGCGAUUGCCAAAUUCUAAUUUUGACUGUUUCUGAUUUUCUCCGCUCAGUUUUACUCCUUUGUGCAAGCAAAGAGAUAACCAACGCGAUUUAACGCGUAAACUAUGUGCCCUUAAAAACGAAAAAAAAAACAAAGAUUCAUAACAGUACUUUUCCUUUCCUUUUCGGUUAAUGCUAGUCAAAUCAAACUUGAUCGAAAGAGGCUAGGACGAAUCUUUUUUCACCCCGCCCCCAAGGUUGCAAAGUGUGAUGAAAGAGGAAAUGGGAAAGCAAAAAAAAAAACCACGAAAACUGAAGUCAAUUAUUAAAUUUAAAUUGUAAGAUUAGAAAUUCUUAGUGAAAGGGAAGCGGUUGAGGGAUGUAAAAAGUUCUUUAAAUCUAAAUGCGAAAUAAGACUAGAGUUAAUCUUAAGGAAUAGCAAAAAAAAAAUGAGAAGCAUUACCGAAGAUACUUGAAAUGUGAUUCUUCUGUGAAAACAUAGACAAAUUCGUUUUUGUAUAGACUCUCGCGAGUGCAUGUAUUGACUACUUUUAGGGUGUAAGUCCGCGUAAUUCGGGCCGCAUUUUCCUCGGAAUGUUUCACCGGGCAGUUCGGGUAUUUCCUGUACAGUUGUCCAUGUUGUGUAAAUACUUUUCUUUUUUUCUGGAAAACACAAAAAUCGAGCUCUCCGGUCGUCCAUGGUGCACGGUCGCCAUGGAUGAGUGGAUUUCCGAACUGUCAAAACACGUCGGGGAACGUUCCGAAUGAAAGUUCAACUCCCGUGGCAAUUCCAUUACAGUUAAUCGCGGAAAAUGGCUUGAUGGAAAAUCUUCGUGCCCCUAGAUUUUGCAGCCGAACCAUUUUACCUUUGCUAGGUUAGGAAAGCUUGUAUGCGAAGCAAUAAUCAUUACAGGAAGGGCUUCUUUCCUCUCCCCAACCUUGCAGUUUGCUUAACGGGAGUGGGAAGAAGGCCUCUACUGUAGCCCCAGGACCAACUUCAGAAAAAUCCUCGCAAAAAAAAAACGGAAACUUUUCUACUUUUUUGAAAUCUUCGUGAUAUAAAUUACGGAGCUGACAGAGUUUAGAAAAUCGUACUUUUUAACGUUUUUCUCUUUCUCUUGUCAAACGAUAAACUUUAAUCCACAGGUUAGAUUUAUAAGAGGUUAUGUGUGAUAUUUGAAUGUGCGAAAAAUUCCACUGUAAAUAGUUGAAUGGAAUAUUUCUCAUUUCAAUACGAAAUCAAAUGAAGCUUAUGACAAUCGAGUUCCGGUGUAAGUCGGAAUAAUGUUUUUAUUUUUUCGUUUUUCGAUUCUAACCUCAAAAGCCAGCUGACAAGUUCCGCGUCGAUCCGAAGCAAACUGUCCGCACCGAAGUUCAACGAAUUCAAACAAGAAUCGAAAGAAAGAGAGCAAAAUGUGAUCAUAGACGUCAAAAUUUCCUCUCCGGCGUGACAUUGACGAAUGUAAAUAUUUAUCAGAAUUCCAAUCACUGAACAAAUGAAAAAGCAAACCAAUUUACGAGCACCUCAAGUUUUGAAUGGCAGUAUUUCUCCCAAAUUUAUCUCGCGUAAAUAAACCAUUUUCGACACCACUCCAGCAACAAUUUGUCGCAUUUUUGUCCACCACUUUUUGAUUCAUUCGAUUUCACACCAAUACACCUAAACAGCAGCGAGCAAAAGCCUCAACAGAAGCGAUGUACUAACAGAAAUUUUUGACAGUCGGAAAAAUAAGCACAGAGAAACAAUACAAAACAUAGCUGCAAAUUCUAACGAGAAAAUUUAACCAAAACAUAAUAAGAAAAAUAAAACAAACCAUACCUUAUUAGAGUGUAAAGAAAGUCAUAGGGAUAAAGGGUCCAAACAAUUGUAGUUGAAAAGAGCGAACGUGUAAUUGGGUAAACACAAAAGCCGAUUAUUGCCGAUUUUCUGAAACAUCAAUAGAUAAAAAGCUAUCUUUCCUAAAAACAACAGAGAGUAAACAAUAGUGAAUUGAUAUUUAUUUUUUGUAUACUCGAAAAACAAAUAACCCAAACAAAUCGAUUCAAAAUGAAACUUGGACGUGUAAAUAGUAUCCUCAACUCGAUAGAAAGAGAGACAGAAUUUAUUAACUAUCACAGGCUACCACAGAAUCGUCACACACUAUUUUGAUAUAAAAAGUCGCAAAUUACUUCUACAUAACGGGAAUAGAUAAUAUUUUUGUAAAUGAUAAAAACAAACAUCAACUAUUAAUACUACACUACUGCUACAGCACGCACCAACAACAACUAACUCUUCCGCGUGGACAAAGUAGGCUGUGCGCACGUUUUCCAAUCUGUCAAAUCGGUAUCCGACUGAAUUCUGACUUUUGUGCGUCAAAUUUGUUUGACGUUUCGUUUCUGUUUCUGGCAUUCUUAACUACACAUUUGGCCAGUCUACAUAGUCUACAGCUCAAGUGAAGAAAACGUUCACAUCUGAAACACUUCCUCCUCUUUUUCAUUAGAUCGAUCCUCCCCUGGAAAGGGUUGUCCAAUCGAAUUGUGAUUGUUGGUAUUUUUAUCGCGUUGUUUAACCUCAAAUUUGAAACGACUCCUCUAUUGGCUGUUCAACUUCUGUGAGGAAAUCCUAUCUAGUUCUAAACCACAUACAACAGUUACACUUAAGGAAAGACACAUUCCACAGCCUUAGCUUGUAGCGUUACAUCAAUUUUAGGUGGUUAAGUUAUUUAAAAGUCUGCAAUGAAUACAAUUCUAAUUUAUUCAACCCCCAUUUCUCCCCCACUACCUAGUUUAGCGAAUCGCAAAUCCUCUAGACAAACACGAAAAACCAGAACCAAAACAAGGUGUUACUAUUUAUUAGGUAAUUGAUUUCAUCUAGUUCAACUACUGCUGCACUUAAACAGUACACAAGCACUCACACCGAAGCCUUUUUCGAACAACUUACAAAUACAAAAUACGGAAGAUACAAGUCAAGAAUACACUCUAUUUAUUAUAUUCUUAUAGACAAUGCACUUUGUACCUUGCGUCCCCCGUAUUGUUUUCCAUUUUCCCCUGAUUGUUGUUUUCAGCUCCAACAGCAACUGGAUUCUACCGUUGUCUAUUUAAUAACAGAAACAUUUAAGCAAAAUGAAAAUUUAAGACAAAUCAGACAUCACUUCAAAUACAAUUAAAAAAAAACAAAAGCAUAGAUACAUCCACUCACACACACAUUCAAGCAAACAAUAAACACAUGUCAUUAUUUUUCUUUCACACAAGUACACACACAAAUAUACAAAAAUACAACACAAAACCAAAAAAAAAAGGAAUUCAUACAAGGGUAAUGGAAAGUGCUACAACAAAACCGGAAACCAGAUAUAAUGAAAAGAAAUAAAACUAAAACUAAAUAGUAAUAAAGAACAAAACUGUAAACUCUUGAAUCUCAUAAAAUGGAA